UUCAACUGUCAAGCACUGAGCUAGCCACCAGCAUGCAGUCCUCCCCAGGGCUGAGUCUUCCAGAGUCAGCGGAGAGCCUGGACGGAUCACGGGAGGGUAAGCCGGGCACGCGUUGCAGUGCGCCCACCUUUGCUGAUACGGGAAUGGUGGCUCACAUAAACAACAGCCGGCUCAAGGCCAAGGGCGUCGGCCAGCACCACAAUGCCCAUAACUUUGGUAACCAGAGCUUUGAGGAGCUGCAGGCAGCCUGUCUAAGAAAGGGGGAGCUGUUCGAGGACCCCUUAUUCCCUGCUGAACCCAGCUCACUGGGCUUCAAGGAACUGGGUCCCAACUCCAAAAAUGUGCAGAACGUCUGCUGGCAGCGGCCCAAGGACAUCAUAAGCAACCCUGUAUUCAUCAUGGAUGGGAUUUCUCCAACAGACAUCUGCCAGGGGAUCCUCGGGGACUGCUGGCUGCUGGCUGCCAUCGGCUCCCUUACCACCUGCCCCAAACUGCUGUACCGCGUGGUGCCCCGGGGGCAGGGCUUCAAGAAAAACUAUGCCGGCAUCUUCCAUUUUCAGAUUUGGCAGUUUGGGCAGUGGGUGAAUGUGGUGGUGGAUGACCGGCUACCCACAAAAAAUGAUAAGCUGGUGUUCGUGCACUCAAACGCACGCAAUGAGUUCUGGAGCGCCCUGCUGGAGAAGGCGUAUGCCAAGCUGAGUGGGUCCUAUGAAGCGCUGUCAGGGGGCAAUACCAUGGAAGGCUUUGAGGACUUCACAGGAGGUGUGGCCCAGAGCUUCCAACUCCGGAGGCCCCCUCAGAACCUGCUCAGGCUCCUUAGGAAGGCUGUGGAGCGAUCCUCCCUCAUGGGCUGCUGCAUUGAAGUCACCAGCGAUAGUGAACUGGAGUCCAUGACCGACAAGCUGCUGGUGAGAGGGCACGCUUACUCAGUGACUGGCCUUCGGGAUGUCCACUACAGAGGCAAAAUGGAAACACUGAUUCGGGUCCGGAAUCCCUGGGGCCGGAUAGAGUGGAAUGGAGCUUGGAGUGACAAUGCCAAAGAGUGGGAAGAGGUGGCCCCAGACAUCCAGAUGCAGCUGCUGCAUAGGAUGGAGGAUGGAGAGUUCUGGAUGUCCUACCAAGAUUUCCUGAAUAACUUCACACUCCUGGAGAUCUGCAACCUCACGCCUGAUGCACUCUCUGGUGACAACAAGAGCUCCUGGCACACCAUCUUCUACGAGGGCAGCUGGCGCAGGGGCAGCACCGCAGGGGGCUGCAGGAACCACCCCAACACGUUCUGGACCAACCCCCAGUUUAAGAUCUCUCUCCCUGAGGGGGACGACCCAGAAGAUGACGCAGAGGAUGAUGCAGUGGUCUGUACCUGCCUGGUGGCCCUGAUGCAGAAGAACUGGCGGCAUGCCCGGCAGCAGGGAGUCCAGCUGCAGACCAUCGGCUUUGUCCUCUACUCGGUCCCAAAGGAGUUUCAGAACAUCCAGGAUGUCCCCUUGAAGAAUGAUUUCUUCACCAAGUAUCAGGACCUUGGCUUCUCAGAAAUCUUCGCCAACUCACGGGAGGUGAGCAGCCAACUCCGGCUGCCUCCGGGGGAAUAUCUCAUUAUUCCCUCCACCUUCGAGCCACACAGAGAUGCUGACUUCCUGCUUCGGGUCUUCACCGAGAAGCACAGCGAGUCCUGGGAAUUGGAUGAAGUCAACUAUGCUGAGCAACUCCAAGAGGAAAAGGUCUCUGAGGAUGAGAUCGACCAGGACUUCCUACAUUUGUUUAAAAUAGUGGCAGGAGAAGGCAAAGAGAUAGGCGUGUACGAGCUGCAGAGGCUGCUCAACAGGAUGGCCCUCAAAUUCACAAGCUUCAAGACCAAGGGCUUUGGCCUGGACACUUGCCGCUGCAUGAUCAACCUCAUAGAUAAAGACGGCUCUGGCAAGCUGGGGCUUCUAGAGUUCCAGAUCCUGUGGAAAAAACUCAAGAAAUGGACGGACAUCUUCAGAGACUGUGACCAGGACCAUUCAGGCACCUUGAACUCCUAUGAGAUGCGCUUGGCUAUUGAGAAAGCAGGCAUCAAGGUGAACAACAAGGUAAUGCAAGUCCUGGUGGCCAGGUAUGCAGAUGAUGAUCUGAUCAUACACUUUGACAACUUCAUCAGCUGUUUCCUGAGGCUAAAGGCCAUGUUCACAUUCUUUCUAACCAUGGACCCCAAGAAUACUGGCCAUAUUUGCCUGAACCUCGAACAGUGGCUGCAGACUACCAUGUGGGGAUAGAGGCGCUGCGGGAGCCUGGCCAUCUCUACCAGCAGCAGCGAGGUUCUAGCCCAGGAGGGUGGGGUGCUUCUUGUAGCCCUCAGCUCUCCGGUCUCUGCUGAUGAAAUGGUCUCCGAGUGGCAGUGCCCAGGUCCCAGGUGCCAUAUUUACUGCAGCAGUGGGACCCCCGUGCCCACUCCCCCAGCUCAGAGCCUUUCUCUUUUUUCCCCAACCAGGCUUCUGAUGGCUGGCUUUCCCCCACCAUCUCUCUCUCAGAAUAUAUUUUACCAAAGAUUAGCUAAUGCUUCCCAAGGGUCCCCUUGGCUGGGGAAGUCAAGAAUAGGGAAGGGGCUUGUAGCCCACUUCCUACCCUCCAUGCUUGCUGUCCUACUCACACCUACCCACUGACCACUCAUCCCAGCACAGCCCCUCCCUUUUCCUCCCCACCUGUGGAAACUAUUGUAAUAAACAUCACAUGCCAUUGACUUUAAUGUU